AUGCAAAUUUUACAUGAUCUUCAACAUGAUACAAAUAUAAGAAUUAUUAUUUUUUCCCAAGUUGCUGAUACAUCAUUUGAUUUAUCUGCUGCUAAUGUAUUAACACAACUUUCAACUCAUGGAGGAUCACGAAGACAACCAGCACAACGACUUGGUCGUAUUGUACCAUCUAAACGGAUGCCCAUAUUCAAGAAUAGAAUAGUGUUUUUUUAUUCACUUGUUUCACAAGAUACUGUUCAAAAUGUUUUAUUCGAUUAA